AUGUUCGCAAAAGUUCCCAAACGACUCCCGCAUAUCGAAACGGCUGAUGAAGACUCCGACGUGACCUUAGGGCUUCAUGGUGACCCAAUAUCCCCCGCCAAGCCGUUACGCCAAAAAUCGCUGUUCUACACGCGAAGCAACCUUACCAACGAUAUGUUAGCUGACGAUGGGGAGAAUAUAGUGUCGGAAAUAAUCACGGAUGACGAAGCUAACUUUCUAAACCUCAACUUCGAGAAGUUUCAGCGGAACGAGCAGGUAUUUGAGCUCUUGGACGAUGACUACGCCGACCUAGGGGAAUUUCCCGGAAGUGAAGGGUUGUCUUCCGCAGAGCCGUCGGACCCCGAGCGUACCAAAUCUGUGACCCUACAGCCCGCUUAUCAGAUGUUUCAAAACGGCGAGAAGAAAAGAGUAGAGAACAGACUGUCCCAAACGGUGGUUCAUGAGGUUCGCGGUUUCUCGGUCUGGAGUAUGUUAUUUGUCCUAUUACUUGCUCUGAUUCCGAUGGUUCUUUACCAAGGUGUGACCUUUCGUGGCGAGCUUCCGCUAGAAACGAUGGGCGACAUUGCCAAUCGCUUCAGGGUGAUAGACAACAGAAUCGAUGCUUUGGCCUCUGUCAGUAAGACUCUCAGCUCAACAAACCAAUAUCUAUCGUCAAGCGUGAAAACUUUAGAAAGCAAGCUCGACGCUGCCUCCAAGGAAUGGACAGCGAGCUACAGUUUGAUACACCAGAACUUUGGCAUCACCGAAAUACAGUGUAUCCGUGACAAGCUAACGGAGCUACAAGAAAUAAUAAGUCAAGACUCACUGGUGGAUUACUCACUCGAAGUUGAGAGUAUGACAUCAAGCAUCGCCACUUUGGUGGGCCAGGUGGACCACUUGAAUCUGGUGGUUCUGAUGUUGGUAUCGGCCGAACAUAAUGCCUUGGAUGGAAUCGCACAGCGGCUUCCGUCAGAGAUACCUCUCAUAGUGUCAAAAAAUGAUCAAGAUUUCAAGUUAUUACCGGAAUUUGAGCUGUUCUUGACCAAACUUAUUUCCCAGGUGAGCCAAGGAAACAGCAGUGUUUCGUGGGACCAGUUCAUGAAGGAAAACAAUUCGAACAUGUUACUGUAUAUCCGAGAAAUUACUAGCAAUGAACUUCAGUACAUCACCAUGCCUGCCUUGACUGAACUUUUGGCCCUGAAACUAAAGACAAACAAUGAAAAAUUGAAGCAAGAAAUUAGUAAACUACUCACCUCCUUUUUGGAAAAACACCAUUCAACGUCCCACCUUGAUGAGCAAGAGCUAUCGUCAAAAAUUGAAGUUUUGAUUUUGGAGAACAUGGUUGCGGCUUUCAGGAAUGAGUCUGCUCCUUCCAUCGCCUACCUUAGAAAUUUUGCCUCGUACGAACAUGGUGCCCGCAUCCUUGGGUUCCUUACGUCUCCGUCGAUUUUUAAAGCCGAGAGAUCCCUUUUAGGCAAAGCUUUUCUCGGGUGGUAUGACUUCUUCACCGCAGACUACAAGUCGGGAGCCAAUAACGUUUUACUUGAUUACACCUCGCUGGCCGAGACUGAACGGUUGUGGAUUACCAGGCUUGAGGGUGCGCAUUUAGGGAUCAAGCUCACCGAGAACAUUUUCUUCACUGAACUUGUUUUGGAAACCCAGGAUAUCUCGGAUGUGCUGUACCGGAUGAGCUUGCCCCAAAAGAUGAGCUUGUUUGUUCGUCCGUUGGAAGCGUCAAAGGUUGGAAUAUUACGUGAAGAGUUCUCAGACCUUGCGCAACACAACAUUCGCCCGUUGAAUUCGUUUACCAAGAUUAUGGAGAUGGAAUAUAGCUUAAGGCACAAGGAUCCCUUCCAACUGUUCAAGACACCGGAAAGGUACUUGAACUUGGGGAUCCCCAUCAAGGAUAUCUACAUUGAAUUUGACAAUAACUGGGGCAAUAAAGAGAUCUUAUGUGUCGGUGGGAUCAAAGUGUUUGGUGUCACAUCUGUGGAGCUAUUCAGCAAUAGCGAGAAGCUCAUGAAGUGGAUGGGCAAGAACUCAGACCAAUUGCUCAGCUACAUAAAGCAGCACGAAACCCCCAAGGUCACAACCAAACCCGUGACUUACAGUAACAUAGGGGAAGAUGAGGAGCUAUAA